CUCUCUAGUAUCUCUGGGCCAACUUACAGUUUUGCUGUAAACAGACUGAUUAGUUUUAAUCUUUUUUAAAAGUUCAGUUCCUGGGACACAUGGUACAAAGUUUAUGUUCAGAGGCAAAAUAGAAAGCUCUCAACUAGCGGCACAGAGAAGAAGAAAUAUUCCAAAAUGGGCAGCUAAAUUCGGACAGCUGUUGGGAUUCCAACCUCAGACUUCCACAUUCUGGAGACCAGCCCCCAUUCGUUAUGCCUGGAAAGUACAAGUUGCUCGUUGAGCAUGCGCGUCAGCUGGUUCCGGUGACGCGGUCUGGGGCACGCUUCCUACGGGGUGACGACAUGAAGUCUGUGGAUGUCAUGGAGGGGGCGCCAGGGGGUUACAGUGUGCUAGUCGACAGUGAUGGGGUGAUCGCCGACAUGGGACCUAGUGAGGAGGUUGAGCAGAGAGUGGACAGGGGACAAGUGGAGCAGGUUAUUGACGCCUCUGGUCGGUGCGUACUUCCGGGUUUUGUGGACGCUCACACACAUCCGGUGUGGGCUGGAGACAGGGUUCACGAGUUCGCUUUGAAGCUGGCAGGAGCGAGCUACAUGGAGAUUCACAAGCAGGGGGGCGGUAUCCACUACACAGUUACACACACACGACAGGCCAGCGAAGACGAGUUGUUUCAGGCCUUCUCUCACAGGCUGAGCCGUAUGGUGAGGGCUGGAACCACACUGGUCGAGUGCAAGAGCGGAUAUGGCCUUGACCUUCACAAUGAGGUGAAGAUGCUCAAGGUCAUCGAGCGUGCACGACGUCUUGGGCUGGUUGGCAUUUCGAGCACCUACUGCGGUGCACAUGCUGUGCCAAUAGGACAAACGUCGAAAGAAGCGACAGACGACAUCAUCAAUAACCAACUUCCAGAUAUCAAGAAGCGCAUGGAGUCAGGGGAGUUAACUGUGGACAACAUUGACGUCUUUUGCGAAGUGGGCGUCUUUGACUUGGAACAGACGAGGGAGAUUCUCAAGGCCGGGAAAGCUAUGGGUCUGCAGAUCAACUUCCACGGGGAAGAACUCCAUAGACUGAACUCGGCCGAAAUGGGCGCUGGUUUGGGCGCCGACGCCAUAUCCCACCUGGAGGAAGUGUCCAAAACAGGGCUGACUGCAAUGUCCCAGGCUGGCACUGUCGCCGUCAUCCUGCCCACCACCGCUUAUAACCUCCACCUCCAGCCGCCACCCGUGAGGAGCAUGAUAGACAACGGGGUCAUUGUUGCGCUGGGGACUGACUUCAACCCCAAUGCUCACUGCUUGGCCAUGCCUCUGGUAAUGAACCUUGCCUGUGUCACUAUGAAGAUGUCCAUGCAGGAAGCUCUGGUGGCCGCUACCCUCAACGCUGCGCAUGCGCUGGGUCGUUCAGCGCGCCACGGUUCAUUGGAAGUGGGCAAAGUGGCGGACAUGAUCAUUGUGGAUGCUCCGAGGUGGGAGCACAUUAUCUACCAGAUGGGCAGCCAUGACUCUCUCAUUUCUGCAGUGAUGCACAAAGGACAAGUAGUACAUUCUACUAACCUGUGACUGUCGUGAUAUCCCCUUCUUCACUUGUCCGCAUACAAAGAGAGAACUCAAUAUAUGAUGAGCAUUGUCACGAUUACUUUAAGUCUCUUUUGAGUAUGAAUAUCAUAUCGGCAAAAGCACCCCCCCCCCACUCCCAACCAGUAAGCAUCAUCAUCAUCCGGUGCCUUGCCAACUGGCGUGGGCGAUCAUGGACCUCCACUUCACUCUGUCAUAGUAAGCAUAGAGAUUACAAAAAAAGCCAACAAAAGUGAUCUGCAUUGCUCACCCCAACGUCACAGUAAUGUGUUCAGUAACAAGUAUAACAUAAAUUUUGAUUAUUUGAUAUAAUAUUUUUCUUCAUUUUUUAUAUUAUAGAGGCAAAGGGUAACUUCCAAUUAGUAAUUUACAUGAUAAUGCAGCUUCAUAUUUUUUGUAUAUUAAAUUUGUAAUGCCAUAAAUUUCUUCUCUUAUUCUCACUUCCUGAAGCUUGUUUUCUGUAACAGUACCGGUAACGUUUUAAGUAGCCACGAAAAUAAUUGACGAGACUAGUAAACGUACCAACAUCACCUCAGAGCAUUGAGAUCUAUACGCCAACAGACCGCCCUGAAAGGGGUCAUCUUGCUUUCAUUUUUUUAAAAAAUGGUUCGCCAGAGCAUGAUUAUCGAUCGUGAUGAACUACAAUUACCCUAUACAUAGAGUUUUACUAUUAUUACCACCAUUAUCAUCAUAAUAAAGCGCAAACACUUUCAA